AUGGCUCUCAGGCAAGGACUCAGGGCCUGGAAGAGAAUCUUGUUCCUAUCUGCACUUGGCCUCUUAGGGCUGCUCCUGCACGGGCUCCCUGUAGUCAGGCACCUGGGAGUCCUCACCCCCAUGGGUGUCUGCCCUUUGGCCAGAAUGCCCCUGCUGAGAGACAACUUCACAGGUCCCCUGCAUCCUUGGGCCCGGCCUGAAGUCCUGACCUGUACCUGCUGGGGGGCCCCCAUUAUUUGGGAUGGCACCUUCGACCCAGAUGUGGCCCAGCAAGAGCCUGUCCAGAACCUCACCAUUGGUCUGACUGUCUUUGCUGUAGGCAGAUACCUGGAGAAGUACCUGGCGUGCUUCCUGGAGACGGCCAAGCAGCACUUGAUGGUGGGCCAGCGCGUGGUGUACUACGUGUUCACCGAGGGCCCGACCACAGUGCCCCGCACACGGCUGGGCCCGGGCCGCAGGCUACGUGUGGCGCGCGAGAGGCGCUGGCAGGAUGUGCCCAUGGUGCGCAUGCGCGCGCUGCACGCAGCGCUGGGCGGGCGGCUGGGCCGCGAGGCGCGUUUCGUGCUCUGUGUGGACGUGGACCAGCACUUCAGCGAGGCUUUCGGGUCUGAGGCGCUAGCCGAGUCGGUGGCAGAGCUGCUCGCCUGACACUACCCUUGGCGGAGGCGGCUGCUGCCCUUUGAGCGGGACGCGCGCUCGGCCGCCACACUGGGCCUGGGCGAGGGCGACUUCUACUACCACGCGGCAGUGUUUAGGGGCAGCAUGGCGGCUCCGCGGCAGCUGAUGGCCUACUGCGCGCGGGGCCUGCGACGGGACCGCGCGCGCGGCCUAAAGGCGCGCUGGCACGACUAGAGCCACCUCAGCAAGUCCUUCUGGCUGCACAAGCCCGCCAAGCUGCUGUCGCCCGAGUUCUGCUGGAGCCACGACGUCGGCCGCCGGGCCGAGAUCCGCCGCCCCCAACUGCUCUGGGCGCCCAAGGAGUACGUCCUGCUGCGCAGCUAG